GCCACCUCCCCUCCCUCCCCUCUCUCCCACUGUGCCCUCACCCUCUCCCUCCUCGGACGGAGAUUUGCUCUGCUUGCCCCACUCGGGCUCUCAAGGCCCCGGUGGGCCGGCUCCCCUCUUCGACCCGCCACCACCUUGGGCCUGACCCAUGUCCGGCUCUCCGGUGUCCCAAGGGAAUGAGGUGAUUGCCGUGGACUGGAAGGGCCUGAAGGAUGUUGACCAGAUCAACAUGGACAGCACCAGCUCGCUGCACGGCAGCAGCCUCCACCGGCCAUCCACGGAGCAAACCCGAACGGAUUUCUCCUGGGAUGGCAUCAAUCUGUCCAUGGAGGACACCACGUCCAUCCUUCCGAAGCUUAAGCGAAACUCGAACGCCUACGGCAUUGGCGCCCUGGCCAAGUCAUCUUUCUCAGGGAUUUCGAGGAGCAUGAAGGACCACGUGACGAAGCCCACCGCCAUGGGGCAAGGCCGGGUGGCACACAUGAUCGAGUGGCAGGGCUGGGGCAAGGCCCCUGCCCUCCAGCCGCAGCACAGCCACGAAGCUGUGCGCAGGGACACAGAUGCCUACUCGGACCUCAGCGAUGGCGAGAAGGAGGCUCGCUUCCUGGCAGGAGUCAUGGAACAGUUUGCCAUCUCUGAGGCCACGCUCAUGGCCUGGUCUUCCAUGGAUGGUGAGGACAUGAGUGUCAACUCCACCCAGGAACCACUGGGCUGCAACUACAGUGACACCUACCAGGAACUGAUGGAGAGUCAGGAUGCCCUGGCUCCGGGCCCCAUGGACGGAUGGCCUCACUCCUACGUGUCCCAGGGCAUGUACUGUCUGGGGUCUUCGGACGCCUGGGAAGCCAGCGACCAGUCCCUCAUUGCCUCUCCCGCCACAGGCUCCUAUCUCGGCCCUGCAUUUGAUGACUCACAGCCCAGCUUGCACGAGAUGGGGCCUUCCCACCCUGCUUCGGGAUACUCGACUCAGGAGCCUCCGCCUUUGCUGGGGGGUGAUACUGACUGGGCUCCAGGGGUGGGCGGGGUGGACCUGGCCAGGGGCGCCUCUGACGAGGAGAAGCGGCCACUGGCCCCCGAGGAGGAGGAGGACGCGGGGUGCCGGGACCUGGAGUCGCUCUCGCCGCGAGAAGACCCUGAGAUGGCCACGGCGCUCAGCCGGAAGGUGUCCGACGUCACUUCCUCAGGUGUGCAGUCCUUCGACGAGGAGGACGGUGAGGCCAACCACUAGCUUCCUCCGCGACGCCUGCCUUCCACUCCCGCCGGGGGUGGCUGCAGCCGCACCGCCCUCCCCAGCCGCACAGCCGAACCUGGGCUGCCAGUCCCCGCCAGGAAGGCCCGGCCGGCGUGCCGGCUCGGCUCGGUCCAGGCCCCCCGUCCAGGCCCCCGCCGCGUCGGGACCACAGGUCCGGACCUGAGAUCCAGCACCUGGAUGGCUGUGAAUGUGCCGGGCUGCGGCUUCGGGCCUCGGGCUGUGACGGUGGUGACACUCCAGCAUUUCUGAGGUGCAGGUGGCCAUCGGCUGGACCUCAGUUCUUCACUCCCUGAUUUUGUCUUCCAGGAUCCUUGCCUGUGGCUGUCUGAAUGCCUCUGUUCUCCAUGUCA